AUGUCUCCACCAAAGCACAAGGCGUCAUUGCAUCAUAACAGCAACGACGAGCUCACUGUAUGGUGUACGGACUCCAUCAGGCUACUACAAGAGGAGGACGGGGAUGGCAUCAGGCGCCACUUAGCUGAUGCAAAAACGAGGCUAGGUUCAGACAACUGCCUGAAUAGAGCCGACUCAGCCAUUCAGCGUGUGGUCACCACAACACUGACUAAGCAGGGAGCACAGAUUUGCAUGUGGGGCAAGUUUCUGCAACCUUACCUGUUGCAUCUCAAGGCCCGACGAAACCACGACUGGGCACUAGCAUUGGAGAAUCUAGUGAGCUCAGUGAGGGCCUACACGGAGCUUUAUGUCAACAGUGAGUUGCUGUCCAGCAUGGAGGAGUUCUGUGAAAUUGAGAGUUAUCGAAAUCUGUUUUUACCAGCUCUGUACGUGGAAUAA